CUGUCUCAAAAACAAUAAAAAUUAUGAAAAUUUUUUCAAAGAUACUUCAAAGAAGACAAAAACAGUCAAUCUGUAUAUACGUACUACACAGAUGCAAUCAUUUAUCAAGAUUUUGCCACAUUUCUUUACCCCUCCCCUUAUUUAUUUAUUUAUUUAUUUAAAAUAUUCACAACAAACCCCAGGUAUCAUAUCAUUUUGCCUCUAACAUACUUCAAUAUGCCUCUCUAAAAAGGUAGACAUUUUAUAAACACAACGUCACUAUUUUACCUAUAAAAUUAAUUCAGAACCAAAAUUUUGAUGUGCGAUUUUUACAUAGCCUUUGCAACUGGGUAACCUCGAUCAACAAGCACAACGAUCAACAAGUCCAUGCCUACACUAAUUCAGCUGGUAACUUAAAAGAUAAGGAUCCUUGCUUUCAACUUUGGACGAAAUUAUUUGGUUUGGGGAUGGGGGCAGGUGAAGAAUUUGCACUUGUGGUUGUCCAGAAUGUAAUCUCAGGUAUUGAGCUUGUGCCAUUUACUUCCUCGACAUUUCAUACUCUCAUCAAUGAUUGAUAAUCAUAACUUACAGGAAUUUUUUAAACAAUAUUUUAAUUGGAAAAAGCAUCUGUCAGCUGUCAGGCUUCCAGUUUCCACUUUUUGCGAAGCAGGAUGUUGAAUGUGAGUAAUGACACAACAGGCCUAUAAAAUGCGGACUAACCCUCGGAUGACUCAUCCGGUACAAUGCAGUAUAUUUGUCAAGGAGACUGAAUCAUAUAUGGGGGAAACCACUUCUCAGGCAGCCAGCUGGUUCUCAGGUCAGCAAGAGACAAUCCAUUUUUAUCGGAAGCUUUAUAGUAGCAAUAAUGCUAAUACCCAGCACUUGGGCUCCACAAUGUAGAGGAAAUGGCAUCGCCUGGCAGUGACAGCUAUAUUGUGCGUGUCAAGGCUGUGGUUAUGACCAGAGAUGACUCCAGCGGGGGAUGGUUCCCACAGGAAGGAGGCGGGAUCAGUCGCGUCGGGGUCUGUAAGGUCAUGCACCCCGAAGGCAAUGGACGAAGCGGCUUUCUCAUCCAUGGUGAACGACAGAAAGACAAACUGGUGGUAUUGGAAUGCUAUGUAAGAAAGGACUUGGUCUACACCAAAGCCAAUCCAACGUUUCAUCAUUGGAAGGUCGAUAAUAGGAAGUUUGGACUUACUUUCCAAAGCCCUGCUGAUGCCCGAGCCUUUGACAGGGGAGUAAGGAAAGCAAUCGAAGACCUUAUAGAAGGCUCAACAACAUCAUCUUCCACCAUCCAUAAUGAAGCUGAGCUUGGUGAUGAUGACGUUUUUACAACAGCUACAGACAGUUCUUCUAAUUCCUCUCAGAAGAGAGAGCAACCUACGCGGACAAUCUCCUCUCCCACAUCCUGUGAGCACCGGAGGAUUUAUACCCUGGGCCACCUCCAUGACCCAUACCCCACGGACCACUAUCACCUCGAUCAGCCGAUGCCAAGGCCCUACCGCCAGGUGAGCUUCCCGGACGAUGAGGAGGAGAUCGUGCGCAUCAACCCCCGGGAGAAGAUCUGGAUGACGGGGUACGAGGAUUACCGCCACGCGCCCGUCAGGGGCAAGUACCCAGACCCCUCGGAGGACGCAGACUCCUCCUACGUGCGCUUCGCCAAGGGCGAGGUCCCCAAACACGACUACAACUACCCCUAUGUGGACUCCUCAGACUUUGGCCUCGGCGAGGACCCCAAAGGCCGUGGGGGCGGCGUGAUCAAGACGCAGCCCUCCCGGGGCAAGUCACGGCGGCGGAAGGAGGACGGGGAGCGUUCGCGGUGCGUAUACUGCAGGGACAUGUUCAACCACGAGGAGAACCGCAGGGGCCACUGCCAGGAUGCGCCCGACUCCGUGAGAACUUGCAUCCGCCGGGUGAGCUGCAUGUGGUGCGCGGACAGCAUGCUCUAUCACUGUAUGUCGGACCCCGAGGGAGACUAUACAGACCCUUGCUCGUGCGAUACUAGCGACGAGAAGUUUUGCCUCCGGUGGAUGGCUCUUAUUGCCUUGUCUUUCCUGGCCCCCUGUAUGUGCUGUUACCUGCCCCUUCGGGCCUGCUACCACUGCGGAGUGAUGUGCAGGUGCUGUGGCGGGAAGCACAAAGCGGCCGCGUGACUCAGUUUCCCUCCCUUCUCCCUCCAUCCGCAGCCACAGGGGAACUCGUCUCUUACAUACUCUCAUCUUCUCCCCCGCUCCCUUCCACUCCAAGGAGCAAGAGAGCAAGAGGCCUCCCAACUCCCGGGUACCUUGAGACACCAUUCCAGCCGGGGACGCUGCCGGGUAGACUCUCCACUCCCCCCCACCGCCCACACUGCAGCAGCCACACCCAUACACACACGCUCGCACAGUGUUCUGAGGAAGGAACCUUCGCCACAGACUCCUGUACUAUUAACAAUCUGUAACCAAGCUAACUGUCUCAUCCAUGUGUUGAUUUCCUGUUUCCUCCUCCCCCGCCUCUUCCAGUUCAAAGGAGUCUGCAGUUGGAACUGCUGAUUUUCGGUGGGUUUUGUAGUUGAUUUUUCCAAGAGCGUCAAAGACUCUCUUUCUCUUGGUUUACCUUGCCUGUCGCUAGCAAGCAUCUGGUUCUGCGGAAAUGGGAUGUGAAGAUGAUGAAACCCGACAGAAGUAUCUCAGCCUGCAGUCAGUUAUUAUGUAUAGGAGGUGAGCUAGUUAACAAACUUGUACCACAAAACAAUAUCGCUUUAACUUUUCUAAAGCCAAAUUUCCCAUGUAAGCUGCAGUUUCUAUCUUUAGCCCAUCAUCCUUUUCUGCCCCCCAAAAAUCUGUUGAAAUGAUUCACUGAUGCAAAACAUUCACCCGUAAUAGACUGAGAAUUGAGCCUUAACUUCAGAUUAACUUGUGAGAAUCAGGAAAAUUCCUUAAACUGCGUUGCAUCCUCUUGGACCAGGGCUAGAAAGGGGAUUUCAGGUUUCUCUGAGCCUCCCCAGUUACCCCUAAAGUAGAACAUUUUUUAAAUUGUGUUGCCACCACUUCUAAAAAUUUAGCAAUAUUAGAAUAGGACAGUAAUGAAGUAAGAAAUUUUGCUUGUUAUUUUGCAAACCAAAUAGUUUCCUCAAACACAAGCCAGUGUUCCCACGAACAAGUUCCAACUGAGAAACACUAAGGUUGUAGUGAGUAAAACCAUAGGGAGCUUUCCCCCAACCCCUGGCUAUUUUAUAUUAACGGGGAGAGGGGAUUUUUAAAUGUCAUAAAUUUGAAGAGUGGUGGGUUGCAUUUCCUUCAUGGGUUUAUAUUUUUGUUUUCAUUUUGGACUCAAUUUCACAUCACCAAAUUCCUCAUUUAUACUUGGGAAAAAAUAAGGCCAUAUGUAAAAACCCUUCCAAUGCCGAAGUGUCUUUCUCCUGCAACUCCAAACCCAGACUUGCCACUUUGGGUGCAUAGGUGGUUAGGUCAGCCAUCUGGUUCUGCCUGUCACCUCGCCACGGAGGAGGCUUCUAAUUAGCUGGAAAAGAGUAUUUUUCUAAUAUGUUGCAAGGAUUAACCAAAUCUUCUUAUGGAAGAAAGAAGAAGAGUGAAGAGUGGUUACCUAUACCUAGCAUAGUACAAUCAGAACCCCGUGGAGAGCACCGGGGAUGGGCUUGUGGACGCUGGCUGUUCUUCCCACCACAACUUUUCUGUGAUAACGGCAAGCAGAAGACAUGGCCUGCUCCCCCCUCCUCCUUUUCCCCACUCCUUUAUUGCACACAGGACACCAGUCUUCAAGGAAAGGGACUUUUUUCCAGUCUGCCAAUCAUAUUGGGGAAGUGCUAGCUGUGCUCACCUUAACGGGGCUGUUUCCAGCUUGACCGCAAGCUCGUCGCGUUCCUUUAGUAGAUUACCGGUGUAAAUACCCAGUGUGCUUAUGAGUCAGUUAGUAGACGUCUUCAUUCGUUGGAGUAACUGGUUUAGGCUUUCCAGUUUGGAAAAGGAGCAGAGAGCUGUCCAUCUGGAUUGAUGGAAGAGAAGAGAACCUCAUCCAUGCCUGGAGAACAUCUAGAAAACCUUCAGCCAGCCUCCAGUGCUGUUGAGAGGCCACCUUCCCCCACCUGGAGGCAUCUCCUCGGGGUCUUUCUCUAGUAUCUCCUCUCUACAAAGCACAACACUAAUGUUUGUUUCCUUAGACCUCAGUUCGAGUGCCCCUAUUUAUUUCAGUAAGAACACACAUAGUCCAGCUGUUUUUCGUUUGUCACCUCUAGUUGUUAAUCUGUUUCUCUCUUCUGAACCCCUUGUACUUUUCCACCCUUUUAAGAGUUAUGCUAGCAAAUCUUACUCCACGUAUACUUUUUGGUUUGUGAAGGCAUCGGUUAAGGGCACAAAGACAGCCAUGGGGACAUUUAUGUAAAUGCGUCUCUCUAAUUGCCACACUGCAGCUGAACAGUGUGUAGUAUUUUCCCAGUCAGCUUUGCCAUACUGACGUCAAUCAUUUGAGAGAAAUUAUUCAGAUUUUAUUUUUGUAUCUGUGGUAACAAAACAUUAACCAAAAGAUUUUCUGUCCAGAAGCUUCCCCGACCCCCCAAGCUAUUUGCUCACAUUAACAAAUUAAAGUGCCUGAAGCAUAAUUCAUUCUUUACCUGUAUACUAAAAACCCUGUUGUAUUGAUUUUUUUAUAAUAAGCCUUUUUACCUCUGUGUAAAAAAUAUAUAUACAAGUGUAUGAUGUACAUUUUAGUUCUUAACUUUUUUUUAUGGUUUCUAAUAUGUAUGACCAAUGUAGCCAUUGUUUUAAAAUGUACGGUGUAAAUAUAAACACAUCCUAUCAGA